AUGACGCCGUUCUCCCUUCGCCGGGGCAUGGCCACUCUGGCCUCCCUCAAGAAGGCCGGCAAGGUCGUGUGCAUUGGGCGCAACUAUGCUGACCACAUCGCCGAGCUCAACAGCGCCCGGCCUAAGCAGCCCUUCUUUUUCCAGAAGCCGACCUCGACCAUCCUGCUGCCCGGAGAGGGCCCCGUGAUCCGGCCGCGCGGCGUGAACCUGCACUAUGAGGUCGAGCUGGCGCUGAUCCUGAACAAGCGCCUCAAGGACUUUGAUCCCAACGACGAACAGGGUGCUCUGGACGCCAUUGAGUCCUACGCCCUUAGCAUCGACAUGACCGCACGCAACGUGCAGAACGAGGCCAAGCAAAAGGGCCUCCCCUGGGACAUCAGCAAGGGCUUUGACACCUUCCUGCCCCUGAGCAAGCCCAUCGCCAAGUCGGCGAUCCCGGACCCGCAUAACAUCGAGCUGUACCUGAUGGUCAACGGCGAGGUGAAGCAGCAGGACUCGACGCAGCUGAUGCUGUUCCGCAUCCCGCGCAUCCUGGCCGACAUCUCCAAGGUCAUGACCCUUGAGGCUGGUGAUAUUGUGUUGACAGGUACCCCGAAGGGCGUCGGUCCCGUGGUUCCGGGGGAUGUGAUGCGCGCUGGAAUUAGGGUUGAUGGGAAGGAGCUGGAGGAGGCGAAGAUUGAGGUUGCAGUUGAAGAAUCUAAGGGGGCGUAUGAGUAUAAGGAGACAUAG